AUGGCAACGCGUGGCAAGAGGAAGAGAGAAGAUUCCGAGGGUUCAGAAGCGACACAGAAACGCGCCAAGAGAAACGGGGAACAUGGCUGUAAAGCUGCGUCUCGCUUCUCCCGGUCAUCUGAGGAGCUCCACCAAGCGGUGCGUCUGACAGAUCUGUCUGACCUUCUGCAAUAUGCGACCCUCGGAACGACCAACGGAGUUAAAAAACCAAGUUGGUGUCACCUGCAUAACCAAAAUAAGUUAGCCGCUGUCAACGUUACAGUGUUGGACGACGUGAGCCAGGUCCAUUUUUACAGAUACUACGCGCAGUUUAAACAUCUCAGGAAAAGAUACGAGACGCGAUGCACGCUGGUGCCGAGCUCUGGUCAUGUUCUGUCCUCUCUCUUCAACGCUGAACUGGCAAAACCCAACAAGCCUACGCCGGCAUCUGGCGGAACCGAGAGCCUUGUGCUCCUGUGUCACCCAGUGCUGCGUCGUUUUGGGCAGGAGACCCGUGGUCUCACGGCCUAUCUCCUGAGCACAGAGGAAAUGGCCAAGAGGAACUUCCCGGUCAAAGGAGGCAGAGGUUGUGAAUCAUUUAUGUGCACGAGGACAGACGGCCACGUGACUGACAACAGCCCUCUGUUCGGCCUGGACUGUGAGAUGUGUCUGACGGAGUGUGGUAAUGAGCUAACCAGAGUGGCACUGGUGGACAGCACAGGGAAGUGUUUGUUAGAUGAGCUUGUCAAACCAGAGAGACGGAUCCUCAACUACCUCACUAGGUUUUCAGGUAUUACUAAAGCCAUGCUCCAGCCAGUCACCACACGACUCAAAGAUGUUCAGUCCAGACUCAUCCAGAUGCUGCCCCCAGACGCCAUCCUGGUCGGACACUCUCUGGAGAGUGACCUGCACGCUCUCAAUCUCAUCCACCCCCAUGUGAUCGACACGUCUCUGCUCUACUGCAGAGAGUUUGGCCAGAGGUUCAGGCUGAAACUCCUCGCCGAGGUGGUACUAAGAAGAGAGAUCCAGAGUGUGGAGAGGAGAGGUCAUGACCCCUGUGAGGAUGCUCGUGCAGCCUUGGAGCUAGCUCAGUACUUCAUAAGCAAAGGACCCAGACAGGUGGUGCAGUUACAUUCAGCGGAGCUAUGGGGUGGAAAUCCCACAGUACAGCACCCACCUGUUCCCGGGUCCGUGUAUGGAUCAGUACAGCACCCACCUGUUAACGGGUCUGUCUCUCUCAGCUUUGGACACGCCCUGCACCGGGCCGGCCUAUCAACUCUCUGUCUGGCAAGAUCAGCUGUGAUGGACAUGUUACCGUCCAAUCAUCUGUUGCGGAAACAUGGUUGCAGUUCAGAUAAAGAGGUUUUGUCUGUGUUCAGAAACAUGGCUCAGUCAUAUUCUCUCUCACUGCUUGAACUCUCCUCUUUGAGACAAAGCAACACAGUAACCGCCUUGCACAAGAUGAUUGACAGAUUGCAGGAGAUGUGUGUGGUGUUUGUUGGUCCUCUACCACGAGAGUGUUCAGAGAGAGAUGUGAAACACCUGCUCCGGCGCUGUGGGACAGUGCACAGUGUUAGAAUACUGACUCACACACAACGGCGACAUGCAGUGGUGGAGUUUGAGCGACUGGAAGGGGCGCUGUUAGCCAUGCAGUCUCUGAAUGGUCAUCUGUUAAACGGAGUCUCCAUCAAGGUCCAGAGGCCAGUCUCAGAGUCUUCUCUUGACCUGGAUGUGUCUUUAAACGACCUCUGCAGUGACCUGAUGCACAAGCACAUGGUCUACAUUGGGGGCAUCUCCAAACGACAGAACCCCGUUGACCUUCACAAAGCCUUCUCACAAUUUGGCUCUAUCAAGGCCAUCAGCCCUCUCACAGAGGAUUCUGGGAAAUGUAGGAGAUACUCAGUGAUCGAAUAUGACCGUGCUGACAGUGCUGAGGAAGCAGUGAACACAUGUGUGGUUCUGAAGAACAGGCAGCUGAGAGUGUGUCACAUUCUCACCCCUCCUCAUAUGGUCACCUGGACGCCGUCCAAAGCUCUCCUCACUGAGGAGAAUGGAGGAGAAGCCAAGGCUGAGGAGAAUGGAGGAGAAGCCAAGGCUGAGGAGAAUGGAGGAGAGGCCAAGGCUGAGGAGAAUGGAGUAGGUGAAGAUGGUAUCCAGUGGGAUGAGGAGGAAGUGAUGAUGGAGAAAGUGAUGAGAAAAUUGGAUUCGAGGAUUGGGAAGAUAUUUAAAUCCUUAAAGGAGAACAGCCUAAGCAUCGUCCUUCUCCCUGGACACAACAGAGCUGGGGUGGUCUCCCCUGGUCUGUGUUUCAUAGCAGUCAAACAGGGGUCUUCUGACUGAAACAGGACCCACUGCCUUUUGGAUUAAAGGAGAAGGGAAAUGUCUACAUACAGAGGCCAGCAGUGCAGCUCAGCAUGACUGCGGCCCGCCCGGGGGGGGGCGGGGCCUGUCACUCACUAUCCUGUGAAGUCACCCUCUCAACAUCU